UCUUAUGAGGCAUCCUGUAGUUUAACAAAUAGUCUAUUUAAGUGCGGCGUUGUUCAGUUUUUCAGUGUGGGACAGUAUGAACCAUCAUUGGCUGUAGUCUGACCAGCAGCAGCCCCACACAGACUGCGGCGCAGCGUGGCGCGUUCACUUCCGGGCGGGGCAGGGGCUGUCAGUAAACGCCCACUCCUACACAAAGACCAGGAUACAAAACAAAGCCCGGAAGCCUGGUAUUUACCAAAAUUAAUUACUUCUGCUGUAACUAAGUCAGAGACUGUUUUUGUUUUUGGUCUGUGCGCGUUCACGACGCCUGUUCACUUUGCCAUGAGCAAACGGCACCUCUGGUUGAUGUUGUGACCCUGCUGCCCAGAGAGCUCUAAUUUUCUGUGUGGCAACUCACACUUUGUCUCCUGCAAAGUGAGAAAUACAUUGUGCAGACAGAGUCGUCACAAUGGAUGGGAGUUUACGCAAAGACAAUCGGGUCAGCGGUUUCUCCGUAGCGGAGGGGCUACCGCCGCUGCCUAAAAGCUUGAGCGGCAUCCUGAACUCCAGCGGUGGGUCGUGGCGGGACAUGGAGAAAGUGCACAGCAAAAGAGCACGCAUCCAGGCUGAAAUCAGCAGCAGAGGUGGGAGAGACAUCACAGCUAAACCUGGCGGAUUGGACGCCGCUUUGGCCCUGCUAAGGAAAGAGAUGGUGGGUCUGCGUCAGCUCGAUAUGUCUCUGCUCUGCCAGCUGUGGUCUCUCCACGAGGCCAUCCAAGAAUGCAAGGGCGAAGCCACGUUUACUGCUGAUAAUGGAUACUCUGAGGAGGAAGAAGACGAAGAGGAGGAUGAACUGGAGGAGAAUGGGUCAAAAGUUCUCUCACAGCCUUCUGCCAAAGACUCUUAAUAUUGACUUACAAAGAUAUACAUAUGCACCACAUACCACAAACACACUGUGAUUUUUUUUAAAUCUCUUUUUAUACAGUUUUUAAUACUAUGCAUCUCAUGUGAUAACAUGUCCAGUAUACUGACCUAUACACAUGCUUUUCUUUUACUUUUUUAGUGCAUCCAUCUGACACCUUUUUAAAUCCAUAAUGACUUUGGCAUUCCUCUAAAUUUCUUUGUAACUUUACAGCCCCACCUAUGUGGCCUUCGCCUUCUUUUUACAAGUCCUUGCUAAACUGUACCAGGUGUGAAUCUAGCUUUAGACCAGGUGAGUUUCAUCUGCGUUCAAGGUUGUAAAAGUCUGUUUUCUCCAUCCUGCCAUGACUGGAGAGUAAUUUAAAGCUCCAGGGUUUACGCUCUACAUGGGAUGAUGGUGUAUGGUGAAAAUUAGAUUGCUUUUUAAAUUUAUUCUUGCAAUUUUUUUUACUGUGUGCAAAUAAAAUUCCACUAAGUCAGUGGCUUUGUUUUAUAAAACCGGUACAAGGCAUCAUCUGUUGGAUGAAAUAGCUCAAAUUAAUAAGUCUUUUGGGAAAAAAAACACAGAAGGCAAGAUCAGAUAUUACUGGUACUCUGUACUGUGUCAAGUAUGUGAUACAACAUGCUGGCUUUUGCUUUUGAAAAUGAGCUCUAGGGCAGAUUUAUAGCAAUCAACACUAUAAUGAAUGUGUGGUUUUGACUUUUUUUUUUUGUCUCCUUGCAUAUCGUUUUCACAUCAAAAUAACACCAUGUUUGUAUCUGUAAUCUUCAUUUUAUUAUUUUUUAGCCUGUCCACACAUUUUCUGCACACUGCAGGUUAGAGGGCAUCUUACUUUGAAUGAGAGCUUUGUGAUUAUUUUUUUACAUGUCUAUGAAACAAAAAAAUAAAUAAACAAAAAUAUUUGUGUGA